CGCACACAGUACGCCGGCCGUACAGCUCCACUCCUUUCAAAGCACCACCAUCUGAUUUACGACUAGGGUACGCUUCUUCUUCGCAUAGGAAAACCCGCAGGCCGGUCACUCUAAGAGGAAGAAAGAGACCCGUGAACACCGUGCAAAGAUGGGUCGCUCCAGCCGCAUCGAGUUUUGCUGCUGCGCCAUUCCGCUCAUCAAUGUAGGCUCCUACACCAUCUGUGCGCAGUUUGCCAUUGUGGCCUUCUGCACCCUCAUUCUCUCCGUUGCGCCGCCGAGCAUCGUCGCUGCCACGGGCUCCCUGCCUGCCGGCUGGCCAAAGUUCAUCGUCCUCGUCCUCGCCCUCGCCGUGCUCCUCUGGCAGAUUGUCGGCGUCGUCGCCAUUCGUCGCGAGCGCACCGGGCUCUACCGCAGCUACAUUCGCAUCAACUUCCUGCUCACGCUCGUCACCAUUGUCGUCACCACGGCCUUCUUCGCCGUGGCCGCUGCACGACACAGCGUGGCCCUCGACAGCUGCGACGCCGCCUACGGCAGCUCCCCCGACGGCAACACCAUCACCGAGCUCAGUGACGUCGGCCGGACGAUCUGCAACGUCUUCAUCUGGGUCCAGGUGGGCGCCAUGGGCAUCCUGCUGCUCGUCAUUGGCCUCAUGCAGCUCUACAUGUGCGUCCUGCAGCGCGCUUACGGCAAGGAGAUGCGUCGGGCCGCGCAAGAGUUCAAAAGCUACUCCGGGCCUGGUGACGAGAUCCCACUGGCCACGCGCGAGUCGGCCGUCUGGGAGCCACAGAGCGUGCCUGCCACGAGGGGCGCCGGUGGCCUCGGCCAGGGUGGCGGUGCGUCGUCCGACGAUUCGGAGCACGCGCGCAUCGGUGGUGGCGGGGUCGGCGGCCGCGGCGCCGACGACAGCUAUGCUGCCUAUCGCUAUGGCGACGAGACGAGGGGCGGACAGGCGUACUACUACGGCGAUGCGACGAGGGGAGGUGCUGAUCAGGCCUACUACGGCGGCGACGAGUCGAGGGACGACCAUCAGGCCUACUACGGCCGGCGCGGCUCGACCCAGCCCCAGGCCUACGAGACGUACGGCCAGCCGCAGGGCGGCUACUAUGGCCACCACAAGAACCAGCAGUCGGCCAGCUACUAUGCGCAGUAGUAGUCUUUCUCCCCCUCCUGUAUAAUUUGCCCCUUUUUCCCUCUCUUUUGCGUCUCACUCUCGUCUCACUAUCGUAAUUCAAAUGGACAUUGGUGUACACAUUAUCUCAGGCCCAGACUCAAACAAAGGCUCUGCUCUGC